AUGUUUCCUUGGUCCAAAUCCACGAUAACCCGAUCAGCUUCUACGCCGCCUGUUGUUGUCGCACGGCCACUGCCACCAACGAACACGAUGUGUUCUUCUCCCGUCGACAGCUGGACGAUCGCCCAAUCGCGGGAUAACCCACCGACGAAGACAACAGUUGCCCUUCCGCUUUCCUUUGCUCAAAAUCCUGUCCUUCCUCGCCGAUUUUGGGAUCGGAUACAUACCGCCAUUGCCUAUGCCCAUAACCCAAAACCACACAUCGACCGAGUCUGCCCCCGGCACGCAACUGAGCAUAGUGCUCUCAAUAGUCGGGCUUCUCGGCUGCGCUGUCGCUGCGUUCACCGUCCUCUUGCUCACGUCCCGAGAGCGGAGAAGAACAGCUCAACGACGACAACUCUGCGAUGCACAGGACGACGCAAGGCCUGUAGAGUUUGCCCUGUGUCCCGUUAUGAAGCCCGCGUUGGAUGCAUCGACGUGGAAAGAUAUCCAGCGAUGGCACGACUAGCUCACCGUUUGCCUCUUCAAUCACUAGAUGGCGUCGAGCCAGGCAAGCCGCAAUCCACACCCCCAACACAGAACACGACGCAAUCACGGCUCCAGCUUCCAAAUUCUGUCCCUCAGCCGCCUCUUAGUGUCGCUGUUCUGAUUGCGAUGCCCAUCGCACCGCCUGCGGCUGCGACAGUAGACCACAGCUUUCCACAAGAGACAGACCCUGCCCCGGAGAACAUCGUCAUUGGUAUUUCCCAGACGUGGUUCCUCGAGGAAGGUCAUCGAAGAUAA